GUCUUCCGGGUUUCGAGACCAUCGACAAUGUACCAGGUAACGAACCUUAUUGAAUCACUGAAACUUUAGGACCCCUUUGAUUAUUUCUGACCACCUUGAACUCCUCCUCUCGGUCCUUCUUUCCUUCCUGCCCUUUUUCUUCUGAUGUUGAUUGUGCCUCCUGCAUCUCUGUGUCUUGUCUUACCGUUGCUCAUUUGCUUUUCUGGUGCCCUACUAUGAAUUGCGUAACCCCAGAUUGUUGACAUUUGUCAUGGCUAACCAGCCAGCACCCCCUGCGCCCUUUGGGACCCGAGCUAUCACCGCUGCGGUGGGCUCGGAGCUGGAAAGUUCGAUGCGCGCGGCCUUCACCUCCGGGGGACAGACGGAGAGCUCAGAUUCCGCUUGCUUAGAAUCGGAAGACAGCAUCAGACGGGAAAAUCAGCAGGCGAUAACCGCACUGGCGCGUAGCCUUUCACACUUAUCUAGCAAGAGCGGCAUCGGCGAGGGAACGAAUACCUUCCUAGACCCUACUAGCGACCCCGAGCUGGACCCCAAUUCGGAGCAGUUCAACUCACAAAAAUGGACGAAAAACUUGCUCAGGAUCACCUCGCGUGAUCCAGAUCGCUAUCCUCGCCGGACGGCUGGUGUCUCCUUCCGGAACAUGAAUGUCUUCGGCUACGGAACCGCUGCUGAUUACCAGGCAAAUGUCGCAAACAUGUGGCUGAAAGGUUUUGGUUGGUUUCGCGAAAAGCUCGGUUAUGGGAAGAAAGUCAGGAUUGAUAUUCUUCGUAACUUCGAGGGAUACGUCCACAGCGGAGAGCUGCUGGUUGUGCUUGGCCGUCCUGGAAGUGGUUGCUCAACCUUCCUCAAGACUAUCGCAGGCGAGACUCAUGGCUUAUGGCUCGACCACGGAACCGACAUUCAGUAUCAGGGUAUAUCCUGGGAUGAAAUGCAUAGCCGUUUCCGGGGUGAAGUCAUUUACCAAGCAGAGACCGAAAUUCACUUCCCUCAACUCUCGGUAGGCGAUACGUUGCACUUUGCGGCGCAUGCUCGUGCACCAUCCAACAGAUUCCCGGGUGUCACCAGAGAGCAGUACGCAACCCAUAUGCGCGAUGUUGUCAUGGCAAUGUUGGGUCUGAGCCACACCAUAAACACGCGGGUGGGCAAUGAGUACAUCCGAGGAGUAUCCGGAGGGGAAAGAAAGCGGGUCAGUAUAGCUGAGACUAUAUUGUGUGGUUGUCCUUUGCAAUGUUGGGACAAUAGUACGCGCGGUCUGGAUAGCUCUACGGCCUUGGAGUUCGUCCGGAAGUUGCGGCUUUCCACAGACCAUACAGGGUCUACCGCAAUUGUGGCAAUUUACCAAGCCAGCCAAGCUAUCUAUGAUAUAUUUGACAAGGUCAUUGUUCUCUAUGAAGGCCGGCAAAUAUAUUUCGGGCGCUCCGGGGAUGCCAGGCAGUUCUUCAUCGAAAUGGGAUUUGAAUGCCCAGACAGACAAACCACCGCCGAUUUUCUGACUUCCCUGACCAGUCCAACGGAAAGGAAGGUCCGCAAAGGCUAUGAGCGCUUGGUACCUCGCACUCCCGAUGAGUUUGCUGCGCGAUGGAGAGCGAGCGCUGAGAGAAAGCAGCUGCUCGCUGACAUUGAGGCUUUUCAGCAUGAGUUCCCUCUAGGGGGUGAAAAGUUGAAAGAAUUCAACCGCUCUCGCGCGGCUGAAAAGGCCAAAAGGACACGGGCCAAAUCACCCUACACGCUAUCGUACCCUAUGCAAGUUCGGCUGUGUCUUCGUAGAGGCUUCCAGCGUCUCAAGGGUGACAUGAGUAUGACCUUGGCUGGAGUUAUCGGAAAUAGUGUCAUGGCCUUGGUUAUCUCCAGCGUGUUCUACAACCUUGGACCUACGACAGAUAGCUUUUUCCAACGAGGAGCACUGAUCUUCUUUGCAAUAUUGUUGAACGGAUUCGCAAGCGCGCUCGAGAUCCUCACUUUAUGGCAGCAAAGACCCAUAGUAGAGAAGCAUGAUAAAUAUGCCCUCUAUCAUCCAUCGGCAGAGGCAAUCAGCUCCAUGAUUGUUGAUCUCCCCUCGAAAGCGAUCGUCUCAGUGGUAUUCAAUUUGUUUCUCUAUUUUAUGUCUAAUCUGCGCCGUACCCCUGGGCACUUUUUCGUGUUCUACCUAUUUUCCGUGACAACUACUUUGACCAUGUCUAACAUCUUCCGCUGGACGGGAGCGAUUUCGCGAUCUAUGGCUCAGGCAAUGGUACCUUCCUCCAUAUUCAUGCUGAUUCUCGUGAUAUAUACGGGUUUCACGAUUCCAGUCCGCAAUAUGCAUCCAUGGUUCCGAUGGUUGAAUUACUUGGACCCAAUAGCUUAUGCCUUCGAGUCUCUCAUGAUCAACGAGUUCAGUGAGCGUCGCUUUCCGUGCGGAGUAUAUGUACCUUCGGGACCGGGCUACGAAAAUGCUCCUAUUAGCUCCAAGAUCUGCAGCCAGAAUGGUGCCGUAGCUGGUCAAGACUACAUUGAUGGCGACAGAUACCUGAAUGUCUCUUUUCAAUACUACAAAUCGCACCUCUGGCGCAACUAUGGCAUUCUCUUGGGCUUCCUAUUCUUCUCCCUCGCACUUUAUAUCAUUAGCAGUGAGCUGGUCCGCGCGAAGCCUUCGAAAGGUGAGAUCUUGGUAUUUCCUCGCGGGAAGAUCCCUGCAUUUGCACGACGGAUUCCUGGUGUCGGCGAUGUGGAAAGCUACCCCACUUCAGAGAAGUACGCCGUCGAUGGCGAGGACGUUGAUCAUACAGCCGCAAUUGUCAAACAAACAUCUAUCUUUCACUGGCAAGAUGUCUGCUACGAUAUUAAGGUCAAGGGGAAGCCACGCAGGAUUCUUGAUCAUGUGGAUGGAUGGGUCAAACCAGGCACACUAACUGCCUUGAUGGGCGUAACUGGAGCUGGGAAGACAUCUCUCCUCGACGUACUAGCUAACCGGGUGACCAUGGGAGUGGUUACUGGGGACAUGCUAAUUGAUGGGAGGAUGCGGGAUGAUUCUUUCCAGAGAAAGACUGGUUACGUCCAACAGCAAGAUUUGCACUUGGAAACAACCACGGUGCGGGAAGCCCUUGUUUUCAGCGCACUGCUUCGUCAGCCAGCUACUACACCGCGAAAAGAAAAGCUUGCGUACGUGGAGGAGGUAAUAAAAAUGCUCAACAUGGAAGCUUACGCAGAAGCCAUUGUCGGGGUUUUGGGUGAGGGGUUGAACGUUGAACAGAGGAAAAGGUUGACAAUCGGAGUAGAGAUCGCGGCCAAGCCUGACCUUCUUCUUUUCUUUGAUGAGCCCACCUCGGGACUUGAUAGCCAAACUGCAUGGUCUAUCUGCUCCCUCAUGCGAAAGCUAGCUGAUCACGGACAAGCGAUUCUAUGUACCAUUCAUCAACCAUCAGCCAUCCUCAUGCAGCAAUUCGAUCGGCUGCUGUUUCUAGCAAAAGGUGGUAAGACGGUGUACUUUGGAGAGCUUGGCCAGAACAUGGAGACCUUGAUUAGGUACUUCGAGGCAAAGGGCUCUGUGAAAUGUCCCCCCAACGCUAACCCUGCCGAGUGGAUGUUGGAAGUAAUCGGCGCUGCCCCAGGCUCCCACGCUGAUCGCGAUUGGACGGAGGUGUGGAAUAAAAGUCCUGAGCGCACUCAGGUACGCCUAGACCUUGCCGAGAUGAAGCAGGAACUACUGCAGCGGCCACCACCUCCUCGGAUGGUGGGAUAUGGAGCCUUUGCCAUGCCUCUUUGGGCGCAGUUUGUCCUUUGCCUGCAGCGGAUGUUCCAACAAUAUUGGCGUAGUCCUUCAUACAUCUACUCAAAGGCUGCUAUGUGCGUUAUACCACCGAUCUUUAUUGGCUUCACGUUCUGGCGAGAGCCGAACAGUCUUCAAGGGUUGCAAAACGAGAUGUUUGCCAUUUUCAUGCUGUUAGUCAUCUUUCCCAACUUGGUGCAACAGAUGAUGCCAUAUUUUGCAAGGCAGCGAGCUUUGUAUGAAGUUCGCGAAAGGCCUUCCAAAACAUAUUCUUGGGUAGCGUUCAUGCUAGCUAGUAUUCUGGUUGAGUUGCCCUGGAACAUACUGAUGGCAGUUCCGGCGUACUUUUGCUGGUACUAUCCAAUUGGCCUAUACCGCAACGCCAUUCCAACGGACUCAGUCACCGAAAGAGGUGGUACCAUGUUUCUUCUCGUCCUGAUCUUCAUGGUGUUUACCUCAACAUUCAGUUCCAUGGUCAUCGCAGGCAUCGAGCAACCGGAUACAGGUAGCAACGUCGCCCAACUUCUGUUCUCGUUCUGCCUGAUCUUUAACGGCGUCCUGGCCACCCCAUCUGCCCUUCCUCGCUUCUGGAUCUUCAUGUACCGGGUCUCACCCUUCACCUACCUGGUAUCCUCUGUCUUGAGUGUAGGCAUCGCAGGAAACGACGUCGAAUGCUCCGAUAUAGAGCUGCUGCAUAUCCCGCCUCCAACGGGACAAAACUGCUCCAGUUAUCUAGACACCUACGUUCGUAAUUACCAAGCGACUCUACUCAAUCCCGAAGACAACACCGAAUGCCUUGUAUGCUCGAUCUCGAAGACCGACCAGUAUCUGAGCGCGCUGAGCAUGAGCUACUCGGACCGGUGGCGUAAUGUGGGUAUUCUCUUCGCGUUUAUUGUGUUUAACGCCAUCGCAGCAGUUUUCUUGUACUGGCUGGUGCGCGUGCCGAAGAAGAAGUCUGUUAAGGAGAAGGACGAGUAGGCUGCUGGAUGGAAAGGGAAUAAGGAUCUAAAGUCUCAGGGAACAAAGAAGUCAGGGUUAGUAUGGCAGAGCUACAUCAUCUUACUAUGGAGUAGAGUAGAUAGGGGGUAUUUUGC